AUGUUGCUUGGAUUCGUUCUCGUGCUGGUCUUCUGCGGGCCGCUGGGCAGCGAAGGAGCUCGGGGGCGGCGACUCUCGAGCGAUAACGAUCUACCCGGACUCGGACACAAAUCUUUGUUCGCGGAACAGAAUCCCGCGCCUGGCUCCCCUGGCGACUCGGGAAUUGUUUUUUCCGGUUCGGAUGCUCCACUACAGCGCAAACUCGAGCAGCAGGGGCAGAAGCCGCAGCAAGACGCGGGGGCGACUCAGCAGGACGCGGGGGCGACGCAGCAAGACGCGGGGGCGACGCAGCAGGACGCGCCGACGGCGCAGCAAGACGCGGGGGCGACCCAGCAGGACGCAGCGACGACGCAGCAAGACGCGGGGACGACGCCGCAAGACGCGGCGACGACGCCGCAAGACGCGCCGACGACGCCGCAAGACGCGCCGACGACACAGCAAGACACGGUGACGACGCCGCAAGACGCAGUGACGACACAGAUUGAUGCGGCGGCGUCAUACAAGAGCACGCUGGCAUCCCGGGAGAAACAGCGGCAGGAAAUGCUGCAGAAGCUGCAGCAGCAGCGGCAGCAGCUGCAGCAGCAGCAGCAGCAGCGGCAGCAGCAGUUGCUGCAGCGACAGCAGCAGUUGCAGCAGCAGUUGCAGCAGCGGCAGCAACAGUUGCAGCAGAAGCAGCAGCAGCAGGGACAGCCGGAGAAGCAGCAGGAGGGGGUGGUGGAGAAGCGCCCCCCUGCGGAGGUGGGGAAGCAACCGCCAGCGGAGGCAAAGAAACAGCCGGAAACGGAGGCGGAGAAGAGGCUGCGGGAGGAAGAAGAGCAGAGGAAGAAGCAGCAGGAGAUGAUCAAGCUUCAACAGGAGGCGUCAUACAAGGCUAUGCUGGCAUACAAGGAGAAUGAGCGGCAGAAAGAGCUGCAGAGGCAGGAGAAGGUGAAGCAGCAGAAGGAACAGGAAAGGAUGGAGCAGGAGCGACCCGAGUUGAAGCAGCAGCGGCUUGAAAAGGAGAAGGAGAUGAGCCGGCUUCAACAGGAGGCCUCAAGGAAGGCCUACGAGGAAUACCAGGAAAGGAAGCGGCAGGAGGAGCUGUGGAAGAAGCAGCAGCAGCAGCAGAAGCAGCAGGAGGAGGAAGAGCAGAGGAAGAAGCAGCAGCAAGCGGAAGAGGCGCAGAAGAAGCAGCAGCAGCAAGCGGAAGAGGCGCAGAAGGAGAUGCAGCAGCAAGCGGAAGAGGCGCAGAAGAAGAUGCAGCAGCAAGCGGAAGAGGAGAAGAAGAAGAAGCAGCUGCAGGAGGAAAAGGAGAAGAAGAAGCAGCAGCAGGAGAUGAGCAAGCUUCAACAGGAGGCGUCAUACAAGGCUAUGCUGGAAUACAAGGAGAAUGAGCGGCAGAAAGAGCUGCAGAGGCAGGAGAAGGUGAAGCAGCAGAAGGAACAGGAAAGGUUGGAGCAGGAGCGACCCGAGUUGAAGCAGCAGCGGCUGGAAAAGGAGAAGGAGAUGAGCCGGCUUCAACAGGAGGCCUCAAGGAAGGCCUACGAGGAAUACCAGGAAAGGAAGCGGCAGGAGGAGCUGUGGAAGAAGCAGCAGCAGCAGCAGGGGCAGUGA